AUGUUGAGUAGUGGUGCUACUCAAGGUAUUGAUGGCCAGCUGGAUGUGAUCUCUGGGCCAAGGAGUCGAGAACGACCUAUAAUACGAGAACUACUUUACAAGCUGAAUGAUUCAGGACCUACAAUCUUUCCACGUGGACUAUCUCAUAGUGCUAUGUAG